AUGGCUAUCAAAGACGAGGAUGGAUCGGAAAUCCUGCACCAUGCAGCUAAGAAAGGGCAUGCUGACCAACUGGUCACCAUGAAACAGUGUCAUGAAAAGAUUCCCAUCUACUGGGCAGCUGAAAAAGGCCACCACUGCUACUGCAAAGUGAUGAUGGAGACUGGAGUAUCCCCUAGGGCCCAAGAUAUCAACGGCAAGAGUCCCAUUGACACGGCCCAAGAUGCACUCGAGAAGGCCACCGGAGCCCUGGUCGAGGCAACAAGCGCCGUAAAGAAAGCCACUGAGGACAAGGCUGCCGAGCCACUGUUGAAGCGGCACCAAGCGUCUGUAGCCACUACUCAAGCCUCCUCCAGCAAGCUCCAGAGUACGGUUGCAUAUCUGCGACAGAAAAUUCAGACUGAAGAGCGCGCAGGUGGAUUAAUACAUCACUACUGA